AUGUUCGCAUGUUUGCCCCGUUUAAGUGAUGUUACCGGAAAAUCUACAAAUUUGCUAUAUAGGUUUGUGUUUGCUCGAAAUUUUGCUGCUCAUACCGACCACCUGUUCGACGAAUUGCCGCAACGAGACCUCUCGGCGCUUAACUCUCAGCUCUCGUCUUACCUCCGCAGUGGAAACCCAAAUGGCACAUUGGCUCUAUUUCUUAAGAUGCAUCGAGCCAGCUCUGAUCUCAGCUCGCACACCUUCACUCCGGUUCUCGGUGCGUGUGCCCGCUUGUCGUAUCCAGAAACGGGACGCCAAGUUCACGCCUUGAUGAUUAAACAAGGCGCUGAGACAGGAACCAUAUCCAAAACCGCGCUUAUUGACAUGUACUCAAAGUACGGACUCUUGGUUGAUUCCGUUAAGGUGUUCGAGAGCGUUGAGGAUAAAGAUGUCGUAUCAUGGAAUGCUCUGCUUUCGGGUUUCCUUAGAAACGGUAAGGGUAAAGAAGCUCUUGGCGUUUUCGCAGCUAUGUAUAGAGAAGAAGUAGAAAUCAGUGAGUUCACUUUGUGCUCUGUUGUUAAAACAUGCGCCUCUCUCAAGAUUUUGCAGCAAGGGAAGCAAGUUCAUGCCAUGGUGGUGGUCACGGGACGCGAUCUCGUGGUUUUAGGAACUGCAAUGAUUAGUUUUUACUCUAGUGUAGGGUUGAUGAGUGAAGCCAUGAAGGUUUAUAUCAGUUUGAAUGUUCAUACGGACGAGGUGAUGUUGAAUUCUCUGAUAUCGGGUUGCAUUCGAAACCGGAAUUACAAGGAAGCGUUUCUGCUUAUGAGUAGGCAGAGACCCAACGCGAGAGUGCUCAUUAGCUCCCUUGCUGGUUGCUCGGAUAACUCUGAUCUGUGGAUUGGUAAACAGAUACACUGUGUCGCCUUGCGUAAUGGUUUCGUUUCAGAUUCUAAGUUGUGCAAUGGCUUAAUGGAUAUGUACGGCAAAUGCGGUCAGAUUGUACAAGCAUGUACUAUGUUCAGCGCGAUGCCUUCGAAAAGUGUGGUCUCUUGGACGAGUAUGAUAGACGCGUAUGCAGUGAAUGGGGAUGGCGUUAAAGCUCUUGAAAUCUUCAGGGAAAUGUGUGAAGAAGGAAGCAGAGUUUUGCCCAAUUCGGUGACAUUUCUCGUUGUUCUAUCGGCUUGUGCACACGCAGGACUAGUUGAAGAAGGUAAGGAAUGUUUUGGUAUGAUGAUGGAGAGGUAUCGGCUGGUUCCUGGAACAGAGCAUCACGUAUGCUUCAUCGAUAUCUUAAGCAAGGCUGGUGAUACAGAGGAGAUAUGGAGAUUAGUUGAGAGAAUAAUGAUAGAGAACAAUAACCGAAACCUUCCUUGUGCUAUAUGGGUCGCAGUACUUAGUGCGUGUAGUCUUAAUAUGGAUGUCUCGCGAGGCGAAUAUGCAGCAAUGAGGCUUAUGGAAGAGACGGGUCCUGAGAACGCGAGCAUCUAUGUGUUGAUCUCGAAUUUCUAUGCAGCGAUUGGGAAGUGGGAUAUGGUUGAAGAAUUGAGGGAAAAACUGAAGAAGAAAGGUUUGGUGAAAGCAGCAGGACACAGCAGCUUAUUCAUAUGA